AUGAAAGUAUCUGAUAAAGACCGUCCAGGAGACUCUGUGACUCUCCAGUGUUCAGUCCUCUCUGAAUCUGACAAUGAGACGUGUCCAGGAGAUCACAGUGUGUACUGGUUCAGAGCCGGAUCAGAUAAAUCUCAUCCAGACAUCAUCUACACUGAUGGAAAUGGACAUGAUGAAUGUGACAAGAGAUCUGACUCUCAGAAAAGCUGUGUUUAUCACUUCUCUAAGAACGUCAGCUCCUCUGAUGCUGGGACUUACUACUGUGCUGUGGCUACAUUAAUAGUUUUUCCUUUUGACUAUGUUCCAGGAGCCAUUUGGUCACAGAAGGCCAAUGCUAUUAUUGUCCUGCUGUGUGCUGUCUUGGCGAUAAGUCUGACUGUUAUAGCCUUCCUCAUUUACGCCAUCAAGACAAUCAAGUGUGAUUGUUCAAAUGGUGCUGUCAUCCUGCAACAAAACAGUGGUUAUCAGAAAAGUCAACAGAGAGAUGAGGACACAUGGAUUUAUUCGGCUCUUGUCUAUGGCAUGAUGGAAGCUGACAGUGCAAUAAAGGAUGCUAAAGCAGUGGAGAGAGAGAGGAUCUACGCUGCUGUCAAGGCUUUUGGGUUGGAUUAGUGAGUUAAUUGGUUCAGUAUGAUCCAGUUAAUGUUAGUCUGUAAGGAGCUAAAGGGUUUGUUAUACUGUCUGUGGCUAUUAGGUAGUACUGUCCAUGUUUUACUGUAUAUCAUUUUAAUGUUAUUAACACGUUUUUUUAAUGUAUAAAAAUUGUGUCUUUUUCAUGCAAAUGUGAACACAUAGCAGGGUCACCCCCAUGGAUUAGCAGUUAAGGUGUCGAACAUGAACUGCAAUGUCCCUAGUUCAACUCUGGCUGGAGACCUUUAUUACAUCUGUCUCUGCCAUAUUUUUUAUCAUGUUUCUACUUUCUGUAAUAAAGGUUAAAAAAUGCACAGAAAUAUGCAGAAAUAUAAAGUAAGAUUUUUCAAGUAGAAAUCUGUUCUGUUAACAUGGACAUUGUUGUUUCAUUACCCCUAAAAGUUACGGCAAAUGUAUGGUAAUGGACAAAAUAUCAGAGAGGUUUACAGGUUUUAAGUUAGAGAAUAAAAAUGUGGUAUACUGGAUUAUUAUUAUUUUGAUCCAAAUUUAUUAUUUGGAUCAGUACUCAGUUAGUACCCUACUACUACAAAACUGGUAUUGGUAGAGAAAAAGUCAGAUCAGAGGAUAUUUGAAAGGUUUCUUGCAUCAUGAAUGACUUGUUUGGAGAAAGACACUGUAUGGCCAUAAUAUUUAUGCAUGUUUCUCUGUAUUGUUUUUGUUGUGUGACCCCGCAAAAUAUUUGUGAACAAACAAAA